GUCGUGUCGAGUGAGGAUCACUGUAUAUCAGCUUAUAUCAGGAAACUCAUCCUCUGAACUGGAUUGUGAAUAAAAAAAAACUGGACUGUCAAAACUGACAAUGGCUUCCUUUCAUAAAGGUUUUAUAAAAGCUCAUCCUCUCAUCUUUGUGAUUCUGUAUGUCUUAAUACUGUACUUGGCCUCUUCAACUGUAACACCAGUGACGACUGCAGCUAAUCUGUCAGACCCCUGCAACAACUACACUGUGCUGGAUGAUAGAUGGAGAGCCAUCCGUAAGACAUAUAAUUCAGUAAAAAACUGUGACCAGUCUGUCUCCUGGAGUGGCUGGUAUCGUCUCUUCAUUAACAACAUGAGCGCUCAGAUCCCAGACACGUGUGUUGCGAGGAGAAGCUGUGGCACUGAUAUCACACUGUGGAUCCGUGGUGGACACCCAACAGUAACAGAUGGAGUCGUCACUCGAGAUGUCUGUGCUGAUGAUAGCAAUUACUGCUGCCGAUACACGUUAUCUCCCAUUAAAGUCAAAGCCUGUCCAGGAGAUUAUUAUGUCUAUGAGCUGGUCAGUCCAACUCUCUGUAAUUCAGCAUACUGUGCAGACACUGGCAGCAUUAACACACCAGCUGGUAUAAAUAUAACGCUGGCGGAAGGAUGCACCAGUCAGAACUGUUUCCAAAAUCUUCUUGAGCAGAUCGAGAACAUUACAUCUCAAGUGCUCUCUGUGACUACUGUGACCAACAUUUUGAUGGUGGCCUUCAACGCUUCAGGGAAGAUCUUAGAGUCAUCUUCAUCAUCAGUCAGCCCGGCUGAACUCGCCUCCUAUGGAAACCUUAUCUUAAAAACCUGUGAGAAACUCAUCUCUACAUUGGUGAAGCCGACAGACACGAGUGACAAUAUCAGUUUUACUCUUUCACCUGUAGAGGUUGAAGUCUUCAUAGUUGGACGCAAUGUCACCUUAGAUAAAAUCCCUCGACUUGACACAACGAAUUCGUCUGUGGACAUUGAUCUCAUUGGGAUCGCCAAGAACAACAAUGAAACAAGAUCAGCUGCUGUGGCUUUCAUGAGUUAUAACACAAUGGAGAAUCUACUGAAGCCAGACUUCUUCAACACAUUAAAUAACACUGUUAAAACCAUGAUGUCCACUGUGAUCUCAGCUACUCUUCCCAAAACCACCAACACUAAACUCACCAAACCAGUCAACUUCACCUUCAAGCACAUCAGAGAGUUUGACCCCAACGGUUCUCUGUCCUGUGUGUACUGGAAUAUCAGUGAGUGGAUUGUAGAUGGUUGUUCUGUUUUAGAGACCAACGGCAACUACACUGUGUGUUCCUGUGUUCAUCUGUCCACAUUCGCUCUCAUCAUGCAAACCAGCCGCCCAUCAGAGCGUGACUCACUGCUGGAGCUGUUGAAUUUGGUGUGUGUGCCCGUGGGUCUGGUGUUCUUCAGUUUGGCCCUGUUGACCUUUGCCUUUUGUCAGUGGAGUCCUGGAGUAAAUAAUGUAGCUCGAAUCAACCUCUGCAUCAGUCUUCUGUCGGCUCACCUUCUGUUCCUGCUCACACAACAGUUCCUGAGACUCAUACGCCCUCAUCAGGUGUUGUGUGCCGUGAUAUCAGGAGUGCUGCACUUCCUCUUUCUCUCCGGCUUUGUGUGGAUGUUCAUUGAAGCUGUGCUGCUCUUAAUCUGUGUGAAGAACCUAUCACAGAUCAGCUCCAAAAAGAGGGAGGUGCUUAGCAGUGGAUUCCUGUGUGUGAUUGGAUAUACGGUUGCUCUGGUUGUAGUGUCCGUGUCUGUCGGGCUGCUUCCUGAAGGAUACGGCAGUGAACAGUGA